AUGUUCAAGGGCGAGUACCAGGGAGGAGCCUUUGUAGAAAUCUUCAGCUCGCAAGGCAAAGACCCGGUUGCAAAAUGGAAACUUUGUGGAAACCCUACAGUCCAGAAAGUUUUUGAUAAAGAAGUGAAGAGCUAUGUUUAUAUUCUGGAAGGCAGCUGUCAACGGAACAAGAUGCAGUUACCCAAAGACAGCAAGCACUCGCUUGGUCUUAUUCAACGCUUCCUUGUGCUACAGCUCUGUGUACCAGUGGGACAAGACUUCUCGACAGAAUUGCUGAUUACUGAUUUGGGAAAUAUCAAGAGACGACUGUAUUUAUCCACCAUCCACAAGGAGUUUUCUACAACUCCACUCCAUGCAAAGAUCCCACUCAGUAUCAUCAAACGCAAAAUUUGGAGCAACGUUUGUAUUGACAUGGUCUCGUUCGCCAGCGCCGCUUUCAAAGGCACGGGCUUCCAGUUCCUGGACAGGAUCGUUGUCUCAGCUAAUUGCAAACUUCGGAAGAUAUUCACAAUGAAGUUCCAGCCACUGGAUACUACCUUUGAGGAUGACAUGUACUCCCUGCAUUGUAUCUCCGAUGGACCCACAGACAUGAUCCCCAAAUGCUGCCAGCUGGCCAUUGACAUUGAUCAGGUCACACAGCUUCUGAACGUGGUGAAGCUCAAACGAGGAGAACUUCGCAUCGGGAGCCAACAGCUCGCUUCAGCAGACUUGGACCAGCCGUCCAGCCGGGGCAUAGUCAGUGCACGCAGUGUCAGGAACCAAGAUAUUUCACACAUUGCCUUUGGAUCAAAAGUACCUGGGCCACCACCUGCCAUCAGCAAAAAGGUUGGGACAACAGCACCUAAAGAUUUACCAAUCCUGUCGGACAGUAAGACGCCCAAGUCUUCCGGCCAGCCGUGCUGCAAUAAAGAAGAACUCUCAGACAAACUGAUCCACAGGGCAGAAACGCAAGGUUCAAGUCAACCGGAACCAACUAAACAAACAAGGCAGGAGAAUAUGUGCUUUACAAAGCAAACAACGGAGGCUAUAACUUCAGAUACCUCGUCACCAGAUCACCUCGGCAGCCGAGCGACGCAGGGACAGAUGCCCAAUGUCCCACCACAUCAUCAGAUGAAGAGUGAAUGUGAACUCAACAGAAGCUCCAUGCUGCUUCAGAGUAGGAGGGACCCUGGGCUUCAGGCUGGAGACAAAUGGCUCUUCUCCGACCUCUCGGAGGAAGGUUUCCAGUCCCGUUCCUCUCAUCACUCCACACCCAAACAACGGCACUCCAGAAACAAUGCGCGUUCAGACGUAAGAGGCCGCAGCGCGGAGAACGGACGCGUCUCAGCAUGUUUCAGUGAAGAUGAUGAAAGGGAGGAUGAAUUAAAACUGAAGGACGUGUACACAUAUUCAUCGCAGCCAAGAUCAGCUCCCCGCGGCAGGUUGCACAACGCUUCAUCGCAAGGCAUCAUGUGGACUGUGGAAAUGAAGGGUGAUGAAGAGCAGGACAUCGCAGAUGAGAGAGAAGCUCCAAUGGAGGAAGAUUUCCAUGGAACUUACAGCAGUGAGGAGGAGGAUUCACUGAAUGGAAUGACCAAACUACCUUUGGAAACUCUGACGAGUACAGAAGUCUCGGCGGUCGAACACACGUUGGGACCUUUGGAAGCAAGAUCUGCUUCAGUGGAGCGACCCUCGAGGGCAACUCCUGCUCUUCCCAAAAUGGACUCGCAACAGUUUCCGAACAGUUUCACUCCAGUCCAGAGCAGGUCUCCCACCAUGCUGGAUGUUCCAGACGCUGAAAUCAACUUGACAAAGGGGAAAGAUGCCCAACCCAGGACUAUGGUCAAAACAUCUCUGAAAGAAAUUCCCAAGGAAGACCCAAGACUAACUACAGAGACAUUUGAAUAUGACUGGCUGAAAUACCAGCCCAAGGAUAUGAGUGAAUCUGACGAAGCAAGGAUGCUGGCCAGCUUACGGAGACAGCAGCUGGAGGAGAUGGAGGACGACGGGAAGACAAACCACCUGAAUGCGGUUCAGCUGGGAGACUGCGCCUAUGGCGACGACAGCAUCAGCACGAGCAGUGAUGACACCAGCAUCUGGAUCGCCCAACACACUGGGCUGCCCGCCAACCAAGGCCAUCACUACCAGGAUGAGAUGCUUUUGACCCUGUCUCAGAAAAAAAUGAACCCGCUCUUUCUUUCCAACCCACGUGACUGGGGUGAUAUUUUCAGUCCACCCAUCAUUCUGCCCAGUGAACAGAUGAAAGAUCAAAAAAAUAUAAUUUCACCAAGACAACCAUCUGCUCUUCAGGAUUUAACAAAUGACGCGGGGAAUGUGAUGGAAGACCAGGAUGAAGUGUUGGAUUUGUUAUACGAUCCUUGUUUGAAUUGUUACUUUGAUCCGAAAACUGGGAAAUACUACGAGCUGGCAUGAUUUGACAAUGAAGGCCUUUGAAGAUUCACCGUCGCCCGGCAACCGCUUGGAUGUUACUUGGAUCCCGGGAGCAUUUUUUGUUUCAAAGUAAGUCCUGGCAGUGAUCACAGCACAGGAACCACAACAGGCAGAAGGCGGCUGGCUGCAAGAUACACAAGUUGAGAGAACAGCAGCGAUACUUCAGCAUCAAUAGAAAGCACUUUGUCCUUCUUCAGUCACCAAACCUUGCAGCUGGACAGAUUCCGCGGUUAUAUAUUUUCAUUGUUCGUGUUAUUCCUCACGCUUCGCUGCUCAGUUCCAGCCAUGCCUUAUUUGGAAUUCUCAUUGAAAAAAUAAUCAGCGCGUACAAGAUUAUGCUUCGCAACCAUUGUUCAAAUUGUCACAUUGAACACGGACAUUGUCGGCAGGAACAAAUAUGACCGUUUGCUUUUGCUUCCAACUUCGGCGUCGGUUGUUAAAAGACACGGGGCCACGUCAGCGUGUUGUACUUGUCCCUCUCGGUCACUCCAUGGACUGGUCACUCCCAGAGGCAGAGCGCACAAUGUGUUGACCUGUCCACCGUGUGGUUGGCGGUGCCGACAAGAGUGAAAAGUCUGGGCAAAUGUAUAAGCCCACAUUUCACACCCCUCCUGCCAUAACGAGACUUUGUGCUUCCAUUGAAGCCGUCAACCUGAUCGUUGCAAGAUACAUUUGAGGGAGGGUGCCUUAAACAUUUGUGGUCCGAGCAUCAAUAUUUCAGCACAACUUUUUGUUGACUCUGCGGUAUCUAUUCGACAGCUCUUUAUAAAGGGGAAUCUUUCAGGCAGCAAAACUCCAACUGAACAAAAGGCAUUGUCUUCCAGAUAAUCACAUGUAAAGUAAAAUGUUUUUCGUAACUCCUCAUUAUUAGAAGUGGUGUUUUAAAAAGCGACGUAGUGCUAAUUCCCCUCCAUGAUGAACGAGUGUAGGAUAACGUGCUGAUCUUCCACCCCUGAUUCAGGCAGCCACAGCGAGUCAGUGGAGGCACUCAGCGAUGUUGGGAAGGUCCUUUGCCAGUUCCAUCGCCGCGGCUUCCUCCGCAUCUUCCCAGCGAGCGCGCGGCAGAAACCAGUGAAUUGCCCAGAAACGGUCGCCAGGGCAGGCGGGGAGAAGCUAGGCCGGCGGUAAAGCCGAGCCAAGCGUUCAAACACAUCACGGAGAAGAGGUGUCAACUCCAUCCGACUUCUCUGGGAAAGUCAAGAAUGGAACUGCAGGAAAGUUGACUUCCCGAUUUGGGAAUGGU